AAUCUUACAGAAAUCAAACAAACUCAAGAGGGAGAACUUCAAGAAAACAAGCAGCGGUUGUUGCUUAAAAUCAUCCUUCCAGUUUCUCUAGUUGUUAUCCUGACAGCUGCUAUCCUGCAUUGCUGGAGACGAAGAAAGGUCAAAUGCGAAGAAGAAAUGGCUUUAAGAGGCAUUCCUAGCCCAAGAAUCACUACAUCAGCUGCUGAAAAUUUUGCCCGUGGUGGUCCUUAUUUGCAAGUGUUCAGGUUUGGCAACAUCAAAGCGGCUACAAAUAAUUUUUCAAGUGCAAACAAGCUUGGAGAAGGCGGAUUCGGUCCUAUUUACAAGGGUAAACUACCAGGAGGCCAAGAAAUAGCAGUAAAGAGACUUUCUGCAUCUUCUUCUCAAGGGCUCGAGGAGUUUCAAAAUGAGGUUACGUUGACGGCAAGACUUCAACAUGUAAAUUUAGUAAGAGUCUUGGGAUAUUGCACAGAGAAGGAGAAAAAGAUGCUGAUAUACAAGUACAUGCCGAAUAAAAGCUUAGAUCUCUACCUCUUUGACCCUAUGCGGAGGAAUAUGCUGGAUUGGGAAAAGCGUGUGCAUAUCAUAGACGGGGUCACUCAAGGGCUUUUAUAUCUCCAAGAAUAUGCAAAUAUUACAGUGAUUCAUCGGGAUCUAAAAGCUAGUAACAUACUACUGGAUGAUGUGAUGAACCCCAAGAUAUCAGAUUUUGGGAUGGCUAGACUUUUCAGAAAAGAUGCAUAUGAAGCAAACACUGACAGAAUUGUUGGAACAUACGGUUAUGUUCCUCCUGAAUAUGUUACAAAAGAUAUCUACACCAUGAAGUAUGAUGUUUACAGCUUCGGAGUUCUACUUUUGCAAAUCAUUAGUGGCAAGAGGAAUACAUGUUAUUACGGCCCGCAUGAGAACUUAAACCUUCUUGAAUAUGCGUAUGACUUGUGGAAUGAUGAGAGAGGCACAGAGUUUAUUGAUCCAUCACUGGAUGAUUCAUCUUCACCUUGUAAAAUCAUGAGAUGCAUGCAAAUCGCGUUGCUCUGUGUCCAAGAAAAUUCAGGGGACAGACCAUCCAUGUUAGAAGUGUUCACCAUGCUCAAAAAUGAUUCCAUGGCGGCUUCGUCUCAUAAAAGGCCAGCUUUCUCUGUGAAAGCAGAUAAAAAUACAGGGAGCCCAUCCGCAUCGCAACAAGAAAUAUGCUCAUUCAAUGAUCCACAAAUUUCCGAAUUGGAACCCCAAUGAGGGUGAAAGUCUUUUU